AUGGCAUAUCCAUUUAACGAUUUAGUGCACACUAAAUCUUUUACUCCAAAAGAAUAUCAGGUAGAAUUACUAUAUGCUGCUAAACAAAAGAAUGUAAUCAUUUGUUUAGGAAGGUACACCGAGCAAACAUUUAUAACAACUAAAUUAAUUCAGGAAUUUGUGACCGGCAAUCGAAACUUUAACACAAAGAGUAAAAAAAUUGUUUAUAUUCUUAGUAGUUAUGAAGUAUGUCUGUUGAAAGCGCAAUAUAUUGAGCAAUUAACAGACUUGAAAGUUUGUAUUGGAACACCAAAUAUUGAAAGUGAUACAUUCCUCGAUAACUUUUUUAAUGUUCAUGUUAUUGUAACAACGAGUGAACUAUUUCAUGAUUUAUUAAGAAAAAAUAAAUUGGACUUACAAAUAAAUUUGAUUAUAAUUGAACAAUGUCAAUUGUUGCUAACAAAUAUCGAGCUUAAGAAAGCAUUGAAAAUGGUGAGUUCAAGCAGGAAUAAACUAUGUAGAUUUAUUGGACUAGCUGUUCCUCUCUUUGGAUUAACUGAAGAACCUGGGCGAUUGAGUUUAGAAAUAGAACGACUCGAGUCCACUUUUCAAUGUGAUGUUGAAACAACUAGUGACAUACUAUCAAUAUUAAGGUAUAGCUCUAAACCAAAAGAGUAUAUUGUUGAAUUUAAAACCGGGACGAAGGAAAAAUUACAUAUUAAAAUCGAAGAAGUAAUAAUGGAUGCAAUGAAUUUUUUAGACGAUCACCGGUAUGAUCCAACGGAAAUUUAUCAAGAUGAAUUUCUCGAAGAUAUUCAAAAAAUUCCUGAUCCAACAGAAAAACCACGUGAAAUGUUACAAGAUCUUUUAACUAUACUUGAAACUUUGGGAUCAUGGUGUGCAGAUCGUGCUGCUUUAUCUCUUUUAGCUCUAGCUGAAAAACUUAAAAUUAAAACACCGUAUGAACGUCAUUAUCUAUUGCUCAAUAUGAUAGCCUCUGUUAUGAUUAAAAUUCGUGCAAUAUGCGAUUAUGAAUUUCGAAACAUUCCAGAAAAAAAUAAAAUUUGGAAUUUUUCAACACCUAAAGUCCAUCGUUUACUAGAAACACUUAAAACUUUUACAUCUCUUUAUGAUAAAAAUAACAAAAGAUGCAAUAAUAUUAAUAAAUAUAACAUUAAUAGAAACUUGAGCAAAGUUCAAGAUCAGAAUACUACAAAAAUUAUUUCCAAAGACUUUUACAAAACAAAUGAUAAAAUGAAAACACCUAAAUUUCCACGACCUCAUCGUAAUGUCACAGACCCUGACCUUUUAUGUGGUAUAAUAUUUGUGGAUAAAAGAUUUACUGCCAAAGUUUUGUUUAACUUAUUAUAUGAAAUUGCUAAAUGUGAUGAUGACUUGAAUUUUUUAUCACCUCUUUACACAACUGAGAGAACUUAUGAUGAAGUGUCUCACUUUCGAGAUCCUGAAACAGAAUAUCGGAAACAAGAAGAAGUUUUAAAACGUUUCAGAAUUCAUGAGUGCAAUUUACUUGUUGCAACGUCAAUUUUAGAAGAAGGAAUUGAAAUUCCAAAAUGUAAUUUUGUGAUGCGAUAUGAUAUUCCUAAGAGUUAUCGAUCAUAUGUUCAAGCUAAAAGUAGAGCGAAAGCUGCAGAUGCUUUACAUGUACUCUUAGUAGAAAAUUCAAAUUCUAAAGAGUAUAUUUGGAAGCUAUCACAAUACCACUAUGUUGAAGAAAUUUUACUUCAAAAAUGUACUAAUAAUGAACCGAUGGAAAAGGAGGAAAUUGAAGCUGAUUUAUAUUCAGAUUUAAUUCCAUCGUAUCAACCAUUGCAAACUGAAACUGGAGCGAUUGUAACAUUUAAUUCAGCAAUAUCGUUAAUAAAUAGGUAUUGUGCUAAAUUACCUAGUGACACAUUUACACGACUGACACCAGACUGGUCAACAAAUGAAAUUAUUAUUCAUAAUAACUUACAUUACCAAUGCUCCUUAAGAUUACCUAUAAACUCUCCGGUGAAAUCCGUUAUAACUUCUCACCCGAUGCCCAACAGAGCUAUGGCUAGACGUUUAGCAGCUUUACAAUUAUGUAUAAAAUUACAUAAAGAAAAUGAAAUUGAUGAUAAUCUAAUGCCCAUUGGAAAAGAAAAUUUUAAAGCCAGACCAGAAGAUGCAGAAGUUCCAGCGUUACCUGAUGAAAGUCAAUCUGAUCUCUCUGAAGCGCGACCUGGUACAACAAAACGUCGACAAUAUUAUUAUAAAAAGAUAGCUGAAGCAUUGACUGAUUGCCGCCCUACAGUUGGAGUUCCCACAUACUUGUAUCAUAUAAAAAUGGUUCUUAGUUGUCCAUUACCAGAAGAACAAAAUACACGUGGAAGACGCAUUUAUCCUCCUGAAGAAUCAGAUAUUGGAUUUGGUAUUCUAACAUUAAAAAAAAUUCCAAAAUUGUGUCCGUUUCCUAUCUACACUAGAUCUUUUUGUUAUCCUUGUCAUAUUGUUAUUAACAAUGUGUUUUCUUUUGUACAGUUUGCCUGA